UUCUAGCAUCAUCUUGCUAGAUCUCCUUUUUUAUAUAUAUUUUUAAGAACUCCUCGUCACCGUUGUUUCACUUUAAGAACACUCAACAAUGAAGCAUACAACCAAUUCAUUGCUUCUCAUGUAUACAGAGUUCCUCGUUUUUCUCCUUUUAUUUUCCACCACACUACUCAUUGCCUCUUCUCAAACCAUCGUCGAAACCUUACCUGGAUACCCUGGUCCUCUCCCUUUCAAACUAGAAACUGGGUAUAUCGGAGUAGGAGAAGAUGAAGCUGUUCAGCUAUUUUAUUGUUUUGUUGAGUCAGAAGGAAACCCGGAGGAGGAUCCCUUGAUUGUUUGGCUCGCCGGAGGGCCUGGUUGUGCCACUCUCCGUUCCUUCUUCUUCCAAAUCGGUCCAAUGCAAAUUCAGUAUGAUAAUUAUAUGGAUAAUGUCCCAGCUUUACAGUUACAUCCAAAUUCUUGGACAAAGGUAGCAAAUGUAAUAUAUUUGGAUGCACCCACACAAACCGGAUAUUCAUAUACGAAAACUCCUGAAGCUAUUCGUUCUAGUGAUACAUCAUCAGCAGCACAGACUGCUGAAUUUCUUAGGAAGUUUGUUAAGAAUCAUCCAAAAUUUCUGAAAAACCCCAUGUAUGUUGCUGGAAUUUCAUAUUCUGGAAUCGUUGUUCCGAUCAUUACUGAAGAAUUAUAUAAAGGCAAUGACGAAGGAUUAGAGCCGAUUCUCAACAUUAAAGGAUACAUGGCAGGAAAUCCAUUGACAGAUAAAAGCCUCGACAUAAACUCUAGGUUCGAAUAUGCUUAUCGUUUGGCAUUAAUAUCCAAAGAUUUAUAUGAGUCAACAAGAAAGGCUUGCAAUGGAGAUUAUGCAAAUGCUGAUUCUAACAAUUUGCAAUGCAUGUCAAAUAUUUAUGAGGUCAACAAACGUGUUAAGGGCAUUUACACUCAACAAAUUUUGGAACCUGAUUGCGAUCCAGCAACCAAUUUGCUUACAAUCAUUAUUCCAAUAGUAAGGGGAAACCGAAGAGCUCUACAAGCCAAUCCAACUAAUGAUUCCAUAUGCCAAGGUUACUAUCAUGAGUACGCAAUCCCUUGGGCCAAUGACGAAAAGGUUAAGAAAUCCCUUAAUAUACGUAAGGGAACAGUGAAGGAAUGGACCCUAUGUAAUAUGGACAUGCAGUACAAUUAUGGUAAGCAAUCAAUGCCAUCAUAUGAGUUUGACGUCCUUAGUAGUGUUGAAUAUCACAAAAAACUAAGCAAGAGAAACUGUCGAGCUUUGAUUUUCAGUGGAGAUCAUGACAUGAUGGUUUCACAUGUGGGGACAUAUAAUUGGAUAAAUUCUCUUAAUUUGACGAUCACAUAUAAUAAUUGGGACCCUUGGUAUGUUAAAGGUCAACAUGCAGGAUACAAAACUACUUAUGCUCAUGAUAACUAUUCUUUAGCAUUUGUCACCGUAAAGGGAGCAGGUCACACAGCCCCAGAGUUCAAGCCUAAAGAAUGUUUUGUGAUGGUUAAGAGGUGGUUUGCUCAUAAACCUAUCUAAACUGAAGGUUUACUUAUGUUCAGAAUUAGAAUUGUCGUUUCCAUGGCAAGGAUCUUAUCUUUCGCAAGAGGACUUUUGUUGUGGUUAGGAAUGAUUAUCGUAAUGUUGUUUAAAGUGGUAUAUAAGGAGAUAAAUUUUAGUGUACAUGUAUAAUAUUAUUGUAUUAUAUUUAGUAUAAUCGCUUAUGCAAGCCCGAUAGGGGCCUAAACCUACCCUUGGCCAUUUUUCCCGCACAAGUAAACCUUAUUUCUGUAUCAGCUGUAAAAAUUGGGUCGAUGUCCGUCAAUCAAUGACCAUAGCCAAUGUUAACGAAAGA